ACAGUCUCUCCCGAACCGAGACUCGAAUCUACGACGACUGGCUUGUCAAGGCCAGCAUCGUACCUCUGCCCUGGGGAGAUCAAAUACCCUAUCUAACGAAUAAUUGUGAUGGAUAGAAAAAGCCCCCGGACAAUAGGUUUCUAUCACUACUAAUAAAUAAAAUCAAAACAACCCUCCUGUGGUGAUGAAUUGUGUCACAAUUUAUACCACUUUGUUGCUAUUGUGUUCUAUUACUUCACUUGGCUGCAGCUAUAAGUGCCACUAUCGAAAAACGUCUGAACAAAAUGUCGUUUGCAAAUCGCAAUUUUCUUUCCUUUUUCAUGUUCCGGUUGACGACCGCCGGAUCGCUGACCGAAGCCGGUACCGGUCCUAAUCGGAUCGAACAGCAGUCGCUAUUCCCGACGAUGAACGACGACGGAAAGGAUAUAUCGGUUAUCUGCUUCGAACGGCUUGCCACAGUUUGGGCUUCCUGGGUACAGCUUACCGCUUCGAUGAUUCUCACUGUUACCGGAUUAAUCUAUGCAUUUCACCGAUGUUAUGGAAGCGACAAUGAGUGCGCUGCGUACUACACUAUGCUGCAUUUGCGAGCUUUUUUCUGGUUUUUGAUAUAUAUCAUACACCUUUACGUGAAAAGCCGACAUAAUCGACUUAAAAUUCUGGGAUAUCACGAGUUUCUUCAGCAAACGCACCAUCAUAAAAAAGCUGCUCUCAAACUUGUGUCGUUAGUCAAUUUAUUCGUGUUAACAUUGCACACUGCAUUGUUGCAAGUGCUUGGUGUAGACUUUUUUAAAGAUUGCAAGAUUUCUGGCUUUUCAGCGACAGUUUUUAUAAAUGUGGUUUGUGCGGCUGAAUGUAUUUUAUUAAUGUUCCUGCAUGUUACAUAUUCUGUUGAGGUGGAUGUAUUCAAUACCAUCCAAAGUCCACCGGAUGCGCUUCUGGAUCAGGAUCAACCCGGUGGCGGUGUACGUUCGAUGAAUCCAGACGAAUUCAUUGGUCAACAAUUUCUUCUAAUUGUUAAGUUGUUAGAUGACAAUCGUCAUUUACAGGAUAAGAUUCGUGAGUUCCGUUCGAUGGCUCAUCUAAUCAAUAGUGAAUCAACCCAUCUCUCACUAGCCGAGCAAUCUCUAAUCGGAUAUUAGCGAAAAAUUUGCUGCAUGCUAUUUAACAAAUAUAAAAU